GCACGCAUUCUCUUCACAUGUUGUAUAUUAUUCGUAUCUGAUGCCCUCUCCUAUGUAAAUGUCUUUCUGCAAAAAUUCAAUUCGGGCGUUUUCACGCCAUCGAAUCCCCUCUCAAGGCUCCUCGACGUUCAAAUCGCUUCUUCCUUUCCUGUACCAAACAGCGACAAUCCAGCAAUGGAACCCCGUAACCAGUCUCGUCUCCCACCGAUUUACAUCUUCGCGAUAUAGACACUAUGACGACAUACCAUUCGAAAGCUCUGAGUCCCUUCCCCCCAGCAUCGACGGCUCCGAAGCCGCUCGUCCCCGUAAGACCACAAUCACAAGCACCGAACGCGCCGCCUUCCAGAAACUCUACCGAAAAGUGAAAGUGGAGUCCGAGCCAGACUAUGAUAUCCCCUUCGUAUCGUCGUCAGACCGUGAUCGCAUCUUCGAUGAAUACUCGGAUGAGGAUGACAACGCUGACACCGCCGGCUCCGAUCUUGACUCGGUCUUCGACGCUGUCCUUGCUGGCAUUCCCCCCGGUAGUAGUACUCAACGCUCGAGACCUAGAAAGCCUUUCGAGAACCUAGAGACGCUCGCGAAGAGCAUUUUGAAGCCAGAAGUGGAAGAAGUAAAAGGAAAGAGCAGGGAACAGGCCCUGGAGGAGGCGGCGAGGAUAAAGUCGAUUAGGGAGGAGGAAAAGAAGAGAGUAGUCGAGUUAUUGGAUCGUGUCCAGACGGAUAGAGAGAUCUGGGAGGUGUUACAACGGGAGGUCUUCGACAUGAUAAAAAAGCUGGAUCUGGAUGGAUUGAAUGCUUCGAUAGCACCUAAGAAAAAGCACGUGAAGAAAGCAAAACCUGUCCUGGAAGCUGAACACUCGGGAACCAUCUUCGAGUCUUUGAACCCCAAUCCCACCACCGGAAUUGCGACCCCAUUACAGCCCCCAUCACGCCAGAAUGUCGCAGAAAUCGACCCACGCAUCCUCUUCCCAAACUACCCCACCCUCCUCAUCUACGCUGUCCACCUUCUCCGCAGACAUUUUCCUUCGUCUCCACUUCCCCUCACCAUACUGCCGACCAUAAAAUCCCUCGGUCGCUCCUCCUACGCUCUCGGUGCAACAACUGCCCUCUAUAAUCUCCUCAUACGCACUGCAUGGCUUCAACACUCCUCCUACGACUACAUCGACGAACUCCUAACCGACAUGGACAACGGAGGCAUAGAAUUCGAUCUCGGGACCCUGGAUCUGCUGAACAAGAUACUUUUUGAAUAUAAUGAAGUGCGUGGCGGCAAGUUCGGCCAUUUGAUUCGGGAGGUGUGGAACCUGGAGCAGUUUCACGAGGGAGCCAGGAAAUUAGAUGGGUGGAGGGGAGUGGCGAGGCAGAGGUUGGGCGCUUGGGCCGGAAAGAGAGCGAGGGAGGGGUCUCUGAUUAGGAAGUAUGAGGAGCCUGGGAGUUCGUCGUUGCGGGGGCCUAGGGAUGAGAUUGGGGUCGAGCCCGGGAUUGAGGAAGAGGGGAGGGGAGUGAGUUUUGAGAGGCAGAGUACUCCGAGAUGGAAGCAUGUUGCUCAGAAGUCGCGGUCUAUUUCAGCCAUAAGGCAAGGGAGGGAAGAAGCGAAGAACGCUCCUUAGUGAUUUUAGCAUCCCGCGAAACUCAUGUUAGAUAACGUGUGGUUAAGAAUAUCGGAGUCGAGCGAGCAUCGCACACAUGACACAACAACCAAACAUGGAAAGGAAAUGUACCAAUACCGU